AUGUCUCUAUCUGAUUCAAAGAAAUCAAUAUUCAUGUCUGAGCUCAGAAUUCAGCUCCACCAUCUCUGUCUAUCCUAUGACCAACUCAGCGCCAUCACCAACAUCAUGUUUGCCAAAGAAGAGGACCCAGUCAUUAUCAUUGUGUGGGAUUUAAAUGCUGUGAAGAUUAGAGUCCAGCCAGCCGAUCCAACUCGAGCCACUCAGAAUCUUCUGAUCGAGCACCUAUGCAACUCUUAUGCUCACGACCCAGUUGAGGUAAGUGCCAGAACUGUCUUCAACUUCAGCUCCUGGAAUCAAUUGUUGGACCAGAAUGAACUAUUGACCAACAACAUACCCUGGUGCCUUCACUACCACAAUGUUCCAAAUUUGGCCAGUGCCUGGUUGGUUACCAAGUCUGAUACCCAGCACCCUCUGACCAGAGAAUACAUUGAUCAUCCCUUCUACCGCCCCUUCGAUCAUGCUCUGAGUGUCUACCCUAUCUGA